ACGUGGAGCGCUUUUCAAACUGAGUAGGCUACAUCAGCCAUUUUGAAUAGUGUGAAUACUCCAUUGUUUUGGUUGUGUUGUCUUUUAAUUGAGAAGUCAUUGCAAAUGGCAGAAGGAAACGUUAACAUGAAUGGAUAUGGAGAGUCUAGUGAGGCUCAGGGCAACGAGGAUUCUGUUGCUAACUGCAAGAAAGCGUUCCACCACGACCAGCUCAUCCACGUCUCCAAAUUUUCAGUAACCCACCUACCUCCACGCUUCAGGGACAUGGCUAUUGUGAGCGCCAUCUAUGCCCUGGCUCGUCUAGUCGUCAUGAUACAGGUUCCUGCGGAGGGCAAGCCCGAUAACGAGAAGUGUUCACAUUCUGUUGAAUCGUUUGAAGCUUUAGACGCAGAUGAAGCCCGAAAGGCAACUGGAAGAAUUAAGUAUGUAGAGAUGGUUGAGUCUAUACAUAAUCAAGUAUGUUCAUGUCCAGAGUGUCAAUCUAGACCUGUUGAAGAUAGAGAAACUGAAUUCAGUCGUGUGGUUGUUGUUACAGCAACUCACAAUAUAUGUAAUGUGGACAUUACUAAGCUUGUUUGUCGUUUAAAUUAUGAUGAUAUGGGUGACAUCCCCGUCGAUUUGUAUUGUUGUUCGAUAAAGACAUUUGAUGUUUCACGGGAUAGAUGCGAAUUGUAUUGCGACAUACAUGAUGUAAACCUCAGAAAUGAUCUCUUUGAAAACAUUAAAUCCUUCGCUAGCCUUAACACAAGUCUUUAUGAAAAGUAUAGAAACCAAGAGAAUUUGGAUCUUCUUGUAAUUAUCUCCCACCCCCACGGUUUAGAAAAACGAGUGUCGGUGGGUAAGUUACUUGAUGUGCAUACUUCUAACGGGUGGCUCCCUAACACCCUGUACACUCAAUAUUUUUACGGCACGCCCACUUGUCGUGGUAGCAGUGGCGCCCCAGUAUACGUACUUGGCAGGGAAAAGGUAUGGACCAACCACCCCCAUUGGGGUUACCAUUUGGGACGUGGUUUUAGUGCCCAUGAGUGGGAGGACGUGACUGACAAUCUAAAACGACUGAUAAAGACAAUGGCAGUAAAGAAAUAG